ACCAUUUGUGGGUCCAUUAACUGCCGUUCGUGCUUUUCUAUAUAGCAUAAUACGAAUGCAAUGAAUGUUAUCAAUAAUAUACUAUCAUUUGUAAUAAUUACAAUUUAGAUAAUUGAAAUAAUUAUCUUUCGAUAUGGUCGAGUCAGAAAAACAAUGUUUCGGGUGACAAUUUUCAUCUUUCAAAAAUGUAAUCUGUUAUGUCAGAAAACUUCGAUUUUAUUUAAUAAUAAUUUUUAUAAAAACAAUGACAGUAAAUUAUUUUAAAUUAUGCUUAGUACAAAUUAGUGUAUUUCUUGCUGUGAUUUCACAAAAUAUAAAACUUGGGCAAUGUGUAAAUGCUCACGUUUCAUUAACAGUAGAAGGAGAAGGAUUUCAUAGAUACUUAAUAUAUCAAAUAAAUUUGGAUAAUUUAGUAGAUGGUUGUAAUAUGGCUCUUCAUUUGAAAUUACCACCUACAUUAUAUACUGAUAUCAAUGAAUUGAACGAUUUAGGGAGACUAGGAGUUACCACAGCAUGUUCCAUAGGGGAAACAAAUGUAGAAUUAUUUAUGGAGAAAGCAAACUCCCAAAAUGUAACCAUAUGUUCACCUGUAAUUGGUAAUAAGUCUACUUUAAUGUUUCCUAUACACAAACGUUACCAGUACCCUAGCGAGAAUAAUACAUACAUGACUAUUACUCUACCGAAACCAAAUUUACUUUUGGGUUGUAAAGAAAGAAUUAGAAAGUACAGAAUUUCUAAAAUUGAUUUAUGUUCUUCGUGUGCAGAAGUUGUUCCUAAAUGGAGAGAGAUUACAUACAUUUUGGAGAAAGAAAAUACAUCAUGGUCUAUACCAGUUGGUAACUUGCGUAUGUUAACGACAGUAACUUACAUCACAUUAUUAUUAACUAUUCUGUGUACAAUGUUUCUCAUGCGAACAGUUUGGAAAGCUGUACCAAGUACACACGAAAAACAAGAAUAAUACAAUUAAAAUGCAUUUUUAUUACAUAAGUAUACUUUAAGGUGAAAUCACAUCAAUGCUUUUUGUAAUACAGUAUUUUCGAAAAUUAACAUAAACUUAAUUAUACUAUACUUUUAUAAUAAAUAAAUAUAAUACAUUCAUAAGAAUAUUUAUAUACAGUAGUCACAUAUUGAAAUCCUUUUCUACAAUAUAAUGAGAAAAAUAGGUGUAAUAAAUAAUAACUUUAUACAUGUUUUUCACUCACAUCAGUUACAAUAAAUGAAAUAUCGUCAAAUUUAUCGUUAAACAUUACGUUUUUCUUAGUGUCA